UGACUAUUCAGUGCACAUUGCUGUAAAAUGGUGUCUCAGAGGUCAAAACUAAACAUCAUCGUGAUCGUUGGUCUGUGCAUGAUCAAUUUAAUGGGAAUCAAAACAGAUGAAUACAUGCUCCCAAUGUCACUUGGUGGAGACGGAGCAAGAAUUGUCGACUUUAAGGGGAUCAUAUUCCCUUUGGACUCUGACUUCCAACUAACAGUUCAAGAUGCGGACUGUACAUAUCAGGUUCAAUACGAUCCAUUUGAACGCGAUGAUAAAAGACAAAGAAAGACAAGGCGUAACGGUACAAAGAAUUGUAAAAGUCAGCAAUCCACAAGCCGUUAGAUUAUGGUUGUGUGAAAUACGAAAUUGAAGUUGCAGCGAAGUCGAACUUCACAGUCAUUGUGUACCUGACAAAGACUUUCAACUGUAUUUUUUCAAAUGCGCUGUUUACCUGUUAGUAAAAUGAACACGCUUCAUCUUCUGAAUAUCAAUUAUUAUUCUUCCUCUUCCUGUAGAUUAGAUAUUCUCCAAUAAAUGCAUGUUCAAAACCGUU